AUGAAUGUGAGCAGAGACAAGGUCGGUGACAUCUCCAUCCCGGCAGCGGCAGCCGCGGCCGUGACAGCCCCCGCAGCCGCGGCGGGCAUCGGCGGGGAGUCCUGCGGCGUGCGCGGGGAAGGCAUGGACAGCCAUGGGGAGCAGCGGCUCUCGGCCGGCGGAGAGCUGCCGCUCUAUUCCUGCCCUGGGAAUAGGGACAGGCAAGGGGACAGCCAGAGCAACACUCCCGGACAAGAGGGGGCAGUGGCCGCGCUGCCCAUAGUGCACAGAACCACCUCCUUCUCCGUGCUCGACAUCCUGGACCCUAACAAAUUCAACAGCAAAAGGAGGCAGUGCGCGGUCUUGUACAAAUCGGUGGGGACCGAGUUCACGCUGGGGGCGGAGGAUAAACCCGAGGACUCAGGGACGGAGCUGGCCGAGCCAAAGGCUCUCGCCGAAGAUUUCGACACUUGCAAGAAGUCCGCAGAGCUGAUCAAGGACGGCGAGCUCUACAAGGCCGAGGAGUGCGACCUGGACUACAGCAGCCGGCCGAGCCGCAGCCCCGACAGCGAGCUGCAGGACGACGAGGAGCUGUGCAGCGAGGAGAGCAGCAGCGGCAGCACCGCCAGCGGCUCGGCGGCUCCCGGCGAGGCCGAGGCGGUCCCGCAGCACUCCGAGGCACCCGAGGCGCAGCCGCCGCCGCCCCAGCAGCCCGGCGGAGGGCAGCAGCAGGCCAAGCCCAAGAGGAAGCGCACGGGCUCGGACUCCAAGUCGGGCAAACCCCGGCGGGCGCGGACAGCUUUCACCUACGAGCAGCUGGUGGCGCUGGAGAACAAGUUCAAGUCCACGCGGUACCUGUCGGUGUGCGAGCGCCUCAACCUGGCGCUCUCUCUCAGCCUCACCGAGACGCAGGUGAAGAUCUGGUUCCAGAACCGCCGCACCAAGUGGAAGAAGCAGAACCCGGGCGCCGACACCAGCGCGCCCACCGGCGGCGGCGGGCUCAGAAACGUGACGGCUGCACUCCUGAGGCAAUUUUACGAAUGCGGCGUUUUCUCCAGUGAUUUCAGGGAGCCCUUAACGGAGCAUCCCGGGCCUCUGGCAGCCGCGCUGCCUCCCGCGCUUCGUGGGCACCGUCCCCCGCGGGGCCUCCCCGCUGCACUCCGCCGCACGGAGCGGCGCGCCCGGCAGGGGGCGCUAUAA